UGGCAAUAAGGAACGGUGUUUCAGGUCGAUGACACUUCACAUGAGUAGAACUGCAGAAUCGGACAUCCAUCCUCCAUUGUACAAGGCUAAAACUGAACCCCGGCCAAGCUGACAACUUCAACGUCCUACAAAGGCUUUGUUGGAUUGAAAAAUCAGGGAGCCACAUGUUAUCUGAACACACUGCUUCAAACGUGGUUCAUGACCCAAGAAGUUAAAGAAUGCAUUACCAGAUCAUCGACAGCAUAUUUGCUAAUGUACAGAAAGGGGAAAGAAAACAGCAAUCAAGGUGAUUGGGCUUCCUGAGCCCGAAGCGUUUGCAAUCAGACGACUCUUCGUCCAAUAGUCAGCCGAGAAGUGCGAUUGUAUUUGGGCUCAGACUCGGCAAAUCUCAACAGUGGACGUGCGUAGAAAGCUGGUCCGGGAGACGAACUCGGAAAAGAGAAGCCCAAACCUAAAUAACUCAUCGUGAGGAAUGAAUCGACAGCAAGAGUCGAAAUAAAAGGAAAAAAACCUACAAAAGUGAAAAAUGAGCAAGAAAUCUCCCAAAGAGUUUGCUGGAAUACGUAACCAAGGAGCCACAUGCUACCUGAACACACUGCUUCAAACUCUCUACAUGUCUCCUGAAGUGAAGGAUGCUAUCAACAGAUUAAAUGAACAACCAAUUCAGUCAAAGAAAAAUCUCAAUAAGAACAUCAGCAUUGGCCACCAACUUAAAGAACUGUUUGAAAAGCUAGAUGCUAAAGAAACAGGAAAUACACAUGGGAUUACAAGAAACUUAGGCAUAAAGGUUUACAAACAACAAGAUGUAGCAGAAUAUUUCCGAAAGAUAGUGAACAAGCUUGCUGAAGAAAGUGAUGGGAAGACUUGUAAUAUAUCUCAGAUCUACCAAAGUAAAGUGAUUAAUUCUCUGACAUGUUUGGAGUGCAAUAUUGAAGCCCCAGAAGAAUGCUGCCUUUUGGAUAUUCCUUUGUCCGUUCACUUAAAUGAUUGUGGUUCCAGCAUCCAAAGUGUGAAUGCAGCCCUUCAAGACUUUUUGAAGGCUGUCAUUUUGGAUGGAGACAAUUUGUGCUAUUGUGAAACCUGUCAAAAGAAAACCAAGACGGAGAUGAGAUACUACUUUGAAAGGUUGCCACAGAUAUUGGUUCUUCAGUUGAAAAGAUUUGAGUUCGAUUAUUCCAUGAUGACUUUCAAAAAGUUGCACAACAAAGUACAGAUUCCACUGAGCUUAAAAUUUCAGAAGAAGCAGAAUAAAAAUAAUGGAAAAGCAGAGUGGUGUCUAAAUUCCAUGGAAUCCAAAGACACAGCAAUGGCACAUAGAAAUCGACAUUCUUGUUCAGUAGGAUCAGAGUUUUCUGUAAGAUCUAGAAGCCAUGAAUCGGAUGAAAGGCAGAACCCACAGAGGGGUGGGAAUCGUCAGGAAUCCAAAGACACAGCAAUGACACGUAAAAAUCGACGACCUCGUUCAUUAGGAUCAGAGUUUCCUGAUGAAUUGAAUGAAAGGCAGAAAGCACAGAGGGAUGGGAGUUGUCAGAUUUACUCAACGUACAACCUAUUUGCAGUCUGUGAUCAUUCCGGAGAACUUGGCUUUGGCCAUUAUGUUGCUUACAUUAGACCAGAUUCUUCCAGUGAAUGGUACUGCUUUAAUGAUACAUGUGUCACUGUGAAGGAACACUUCUUUCCUGAAGCAUACCAAGGCAAUACAGUCAGCACACCUUGUAUAAGAUCAUCGACAGCAUAUUUGCUAAUGUACAGAAAGGAGAAAGAAAACAGCAAUCAAGCACAUGUCAGAGGCAUUAAUGUGGAUGAGAAAGUUAAAAGAAUCAAGACACGAGGAAUAUGUGAUGGACGAAACAAUGGUGAGCAAAGCUUUGAACCUUUCAACCCGAGUUUAGAAAAUCCUCCAUGCAAGAAUCAAGCACAAGCAAAAAACAGAGAUGAAACAAUGGAAAAAACAGAAUGCAGAAACCAGUCUGAAACGUCAAUAGAAAAUGGUGAAGAACCAGUUGUAGGUGACAAGUCAGAUGAAGGCAGGAAAGAAACAAGAGCAAAAGAAACUGAAGGUCAGUGCAGGAAAGAAAACAGUCAAGAAGAGGAAUUUGAACAAGCCAAGCUGAUCAAAAUUAGAAGUGAAAGGAAAGAAAAAGGAAAAAGGCCAUUGUUGAAACAAAGGAAAGGAACAGUGGCAGAAUCUGAGAAAACAGAAGAUCAACUUGAUGAGUUGCCUACAAUGAACCAUGAAGCGGCAAGAACAAGAUCCAAGUUUAAUUGGCUUAUUAAAUUAUUUUUCUGUGGAAAUUAUAAAAAAUGUUCAUGGAAACCUAAAAAACCUUGCUUUAAGUUGAAGAUGAUUAAAGGUAAAGGAGAAUGAAAAAUCAAUGAAUUAAGCAAUAUGAAACUAUGCCAUCCAGUUUCUUAAAAUUAGUUUGGUGUUUAUAUGGGAAUUCAGAAGCAAAUUGUUUGCAACUGAACUGAGUGAAUUAUCUAAGUUAGAUCAGCACAUUUUUACUUGGUUCAUUCAUAAUACAUUGGUUCUGCUCCUUAUCUCUCACAUACAAUUGCCUGUUUUUGCAGAAUAUAGAAUUUAUUUUAGCCCUCUUUUGAGGUGCAGUUUCAAUUAUCAUUGACAAAACUUUCUUUUGAUAAUAUCCCGCGAAAUGCUAUAUAUUCCUGCCAUAUUGCAGGUGCUAUAUAAAUGGAAAUUGUGGUGAAAGUGGUGUGUUUAUUGGUUGCAAGGACUUGACUAUUUUUCCUCUUUUUGAAAAUAAAAUUUCAAAAUUGCUCAUUGUUUUUACCCUUGUACUACCUCAAUAUACUGUGUAAUGAAUUGACCUGUACGAACAGUAUGCAAGACAAGU